CAAUGAACUAAUUCUCUGAAUAGUCAAGUGGCUCCAUUAACAAAGUGAACGAAGUUCCACUUUUUUUUUCUUGUACUUUUUGCUUUAUGAUUCUUCUAUUCCUAACCAGAAUCAUUUUAAGUUGAAAAGUUUCUGAAAUCUCAGUUACACAGUGUACAAUCACUAGCAUCAGCCAAAAAGCCUAGUGUGCUGUUAUCUUUCUCCUGUUUGGAUAUUUGCUUUUGCAUUUGCAUUUGGGGCUGCAAACUUUGGCUUAUUCUUUAGAUUUUUUUGAGUUUGUUUGUUUGCUUGGUUGCAUCUGAAAGAUAUAACCAGAAACUUUUAAGUAUAGGGGAGAUUUUUGUUGAUGGGUGCUUGUUGGAGCAGUAGGAUUAAGUCUGUUAGUCCUUCCAAUACAGGGUUCACUUCUAGAAGCGUCAGCAGAGAUGGCUACGAUAUCCACUCGAAUAGCAGGAACUCAUCAGCCUCCAUCCCCAUGACCCCUCGGAGUGAGGGCGAGAUCUUACAAUCUUCGAAUUUGAAAAGCUACAGCUACAAUGAGCUAAAAAUGGCCACAAAAAAUUUCUGCCCAGACAGUGUCUUAGGAGAGGGUGGAUUUGGUUCAGUUUUCAAGGGCUGGAUUGAUGAACAUUCGCUCGCUGUUACCAGAGCCGGAACAGGCAUGGUUGUUGCUGUGAAGAAACUUAAUCAAGAGAGUUUCCAGGGUCACAAGGAAUGGUUGGCUGAAAUCAACUAUCUUGGGCAACUGCAGCAUCCUAAUCUUGUCAAGUUGAUAGGCUACUGCUUAGAGGAUCAGCACCGGCUUCUAGUUUAUGAGUAUAUGCCCAAAGGAAGUGUGGAGAAUCAUCUGUUCAGAAGAGGAUCUCAUUUUCAGCAGCUUUCUUGGACUUUGAGAUUGAAAAUAUCCCUUGGGGCUGCAAGGGGUCUUGCUUUUCUCCAUAGCACAGAAACUAAAGUCAUAUACCGCGACUUUAAGACUUCCAAUAUCCUGCUUGAUACUAACUAUAAUGCAAAACUUUCUGAUUUUGGGCUGGCCAGAGAUGGACCAACUGGUGAUAAGAGCCAUGUUUCUACUAGGGUCAUGGGAACCCAUGGAUAUGCAGCACCAGAGUAUCUAGCAACAGGUCACCUCACUGCCAAGAGUGAUGUCUAUAGUUUUGGAGUAGUUCUUUUGGAAAUGUUGUCUGGAAGACGCGCCAUAGACAAGAACCGGCCAUCCGGAGAGCAAUGCCUUGUUGAAUGGGCAAAGCCUUACCUUUCUAACAAACGCAGAGUUUUUCGCGUGAUGGAUAGUCGUCUUGAAGGCCAGUAUUCCCUUACACAAGCUCAAAGGGCAGCCACCCUUGCUUUUCAAUGUCUUGCUGUAGAGCCCAAAUACAGGCCAAAUAUGGAUGAGGUGGUGAGAGCAUUGGAGCAGCUACGCGAAUCAAAUAAUGAUCAGGUGAAAAAUGGUGAUCAUAAAAAGCGUAGUAGAGUUAGUGGAUCUGGCCUUGGUCACCACAAUGGACUCCCUGCAUCUACUAGCAAAGGAAGUAUAGAUGCUGCUAAAUUUAAUUAUCCUAGGCCCUCUGCUUCUCUCCUUUAUUAAGCAAUGUAUAGUUCUCUUUCUUUUUUCUAGUUUUAUUUUGGACUUCAUUUUGUCAUUAAUGUUAACAUAGUGCCAUCUAAUCUGGUUCCUUAAGGUUCUUGUUA